AUGCACUUUCCGUUGCGGGCCUUUCGGUCCAUCAUGAAGAGCCAGCACACGAAUAGGAAAGAGGCCCCACCGGCAAAGCCGACAGCUUGCCCGGGAAUUAAGUAUAUAUUCUCCACCUUUCGAAUCGCCGCCGGCAACGAAAAGGACGAUCCGAUGAGGGUACCACCAGAGAGAACGGCUCCAAAGCCGCGUCUACCUUUCAGCAUUCCUAUUUUAGGCGUCUUCUUCACGGCCCUGAUCAUCUUUAGCUUUAUCGUUUUUCACGUGAUGAAGCGGCCGGAAUUAAAAUACGAUUUCGAAACCAAGCAGCUUGAGGUCGAGCUCCAGCAGCCCUACACGCAAUCUGUGCUCUACUGGAACAGCACGAUGAACGCGUGUAAAUGGCCAAUAAUCCAGCCGCACGAGCCGGAAAUUAACAAAUUCAUCAAAUACUACAGAAAUCCCAACUGCGUGGCCCAAAUCCCGCCCCUCGCCUCGCUGCUUGACGACGGGAAGCUGUUGAUCUCGUCGCCGGUCAAUAACGAGAAAUUCCCGAAGAUUAGGUGCACAAUGGCCGGGCUGAGCGGCGGCUUAUACCCGCGGACUCGCGAGAUGCUAUUUGGUGCUGAAGUCGAGGUGAAGCUCGACACACCCACGCCAGUAUCUUAUGACGAGUUUGCGGUUCGGUGCUACAACGUUGUGCCUUCAAUAAUCGUCAACGGCACGUCCAAGCCAAAGCAAGAGAUCGUCUACGAGAAGAACUUUGUCCACUUUGCACCAAAUGCCGAAAAAGUCGUGCUGGCUGACGCACUUCCGAUGGUUGAUGCGGAUCCGGAGCGCCCCUCGAUGGUGAUCCUCGUCCUGGACUCGACCUCGUUGAACCAGUUCCAGCGCCACGCUCCGGAUAGCUACGCAUUUAUGCAGGAGAACGAUUUUCUGACGUUUAAUAUGUACAACAAGAUUGCCGACAAUUCCGGGGUCAACCUCUUGCCGAUCACCGCUGGAAGGCCGAUUCAAAGAAACCCAAACAGCACCGACCCGGAAGGCGAGAAGGUUGACCUGGAGGAGACGACGUUUCUUUGGGAUCUCAUGAAAGCUCGAGGGUGUGUCACGCUGCUGAAUGACGAUAUUGACAACGCAGCUCGCGGACUGUUUCAUUAUCCGGCAAAAUCUUUCCAGGGGUUCCGCAAGAAGCCUACUGACUUCUACCUCCGUGCCAGCCACCUCUUCAACGUCCUCCGGCGUCAGGUCCCGAAGACGCAAAAUUGCCUAAAGGAUGGGACGCUAGGAGCAAUCGAAUAUCUCGACUAUACCAAGAGAUUUUCUCUGGCCUAUGGACAAGCUUGUCAUUUCUCAUUCAGCUUUCUGACCGGCCUCACUCACAACGAGCCAUCGCUGCUCGGCCUGUUGGACAAGGAGAUACGGCAAACCCUGGAGAGCUUCUUCGCGCAUCAUUUGCAUCAGAAUACGGUGAUGGUGAUUAUGGGCGACCAUGGGAACAGGAUUUCGGGAAUUCAGCGCACAACCACCGGUCGAGUCGAGGAGCGAGCGCCUCUAUUUUCGAUGAGAAUCCCGGAAAAGUGGCGGGAGAAGCAUCCGUUGGAAGAUAAAUAUUUGAGGACAAACGCCAAUAGGCUCGUCUCCAACUUUGAUCUCCAUCAGACACUUCGGCACUUGGCGUUAGCCGGGCAGCCGGAUACCGAACCAUCAAAUUACGGUCAAAACCUCUUCACAGCCGCCCUAUCCAACAGUCGUAUGUGUGAGGAGGCCCAUAUCCCGCCAAAUUUCUGCCUCUGCAUGGACCUCAAGGAGAACAAGAGCGCCGAGGCCAGGAAUGACACGGCCGUGUAUCAGCAGCUGUUCGGCCGGCUUUCACAACAAGUCAUGGCUCUCCCAUGUGUGAAAGCGAUUCACUGGCAUCCGAGAUAUUCGACGCUACAGAUUUUCACGCUCAACCAGAUGGUGCUGCACGGGUUGAGGAAUGCCAAGGACUACGACAAAGUGAAAAACGUGACAGCGGCCAGCGAUUUCGAGUGGGUCGAAAUCGGGUUGAUCGCCGAGCUGCAAAAGCGCUCCGCGCCCAUCAGCGGCGAGAUUAGCGUCUCCGUGGCAGCCAGAUACCGUCAUCGAUUGUCCACCGACGAAUACGAGCUGGCCGAGACGCCGCGGCUCGUCGAAAAAUCCCAAAUUUGCAAUGCGCCAAAUAUUGAGCAGAUGUGCGAGAUGUGCUUCUACGACAAUUUAUUCGACCCAAGGAAGACGUCUCAAGUCUCG